GAAUAGCUGUAAUCUGUCAUGCUUCGCUAACUCAGGUAGACAUCCUUAGCAACUGUUUAUAGCGGCUUUAACGACGACUCUCUGUGUGUUAAAUCAAUCAAACAAUCCAAUCGAUACAAAGAUUUGUUUAAGGAUUUUUCACAGCUAUCGAGAAAGUGUGUUUGUGGAGGGAAACACUGAAAAGAAAGAAUGACAACGAUAGCGUUUGGAGGUGGCCCGUCCCUUGAUCAACGUCGGGGGUUUACAACCCUGAGGGACGGGACACACGUUCCAGGGUACCGUGGAUAUUGCCCUCAGAUUAAGUACCGUGUUGGUAAAACGUACGGAACAGAUACACAUGAACUUGCUCAGUCACGUAUUCACGUCCAUCCAUCAAAUACUGUCACAGCCCCGGAAGGAGUACAGCUCGUACAGCUACGCAAUACACUGCCAAGAUCUACCGGAGAUAAUAAAUAUACUGAACAAAUGGUGCCCGGAUAUACAGGUUAUAUACCCAGAAUGACAUUUAAAUUUGGUGGAACAUAUAAAGAAGAUUGUGAUGUUUGCAUCGAUGAAUACAUGACAAAUAGAACGAAUCACGAUCAGAGACAUCGAGACUUGACACGUCAAGUUAGCUGCGUGCCGAGAUUAACGGCGGUGUCACAUGACCCAUCUGUAAAAGAGAAGUUAAAUCGCUACAGAGAUACGCAUCCUUCUAGACCAUUAUUAAUGGAGGACAAGCGCCCAUUGACAGAACCUCCAAUUCCUGGCUACAAUGGAUAUAUACCAAGGAUCAAACCCACAGAGGUUGGACUUGGACAUCGGUACCACGUUGCAUGCGACAAUGGAUUUAGCCAAUUUGUGCAGGAAACUGCCCGCCACUCGGAGAGAUUAACAGGGACCUUGCCAAAAGCAUUAGAAAAGUUACCACGAGAACACUUACAGAGUGCCCCACCAUCCUUCAAUAGACGACUUUACCAGAAUGAUGGUAUGAUACCCAAAUAUACAGGAUAUAUUCCACAGAAGCGGUUUGUGUUUGGAAACACAUAUGGCGAUACCACCAGGACAUUAGAAGUAUGCAGUCAUCCAGCAGUGUCAUUUGGAGCUCAUAUUCAGGAGAAAGAAGGAAUCUAGAUAAUAUAUCUUAACACUUACAUUACAAACUAGUUUUCAAAAAUGAGUGUCGUGUCUAACCUAAUUAGCAGUCCAGAGAAUUACCCUGAUCUAGAAUUUCAUACUAUCAGCGUUUGAUAUAUGUAUGUAUAAAUGCAUCCUGCCUAGCUUACUGAACGUCGGUGGUUCUUAACCCAGGUGACCGUCCAUGCAUGAAAUAAUGCACAGAAGGGCACCUGAGGUCUUCCUUUACCAGUAAAGCUCGAAAGUCGCCAUAUGACCUAUACUGAUGUAAAACCUAACCAAAAAAUAAAAUCAUCUUUGCACUGUUCACAGCAGAUUUUGUUGGGUAAAAGACUAUACUUCAUAUGAGCUGAAUCCCAUCUGAAAUAAAGCAAGGAGGAUCACCUAAAGUCGUCACAAGUAAAAGCUGGACAAUCGCCUGAUGACUUCAAUUAUAUGUAUGGUGUGACAAAAUAUAAAGCAAUAAGUUCAGAAGGUUUUUUUUUUCUAGAACUUUCAUUUUUAUGAAUAUAAGAAGCAGUAUAUGACAUCAAUGUCAUGUUCAAGAAAUUUUUUCAUGUAUAAGGAACUGGAACACUUACCUGAGAAAUUAAAAUUGGGAUGUAUAUAUUUCUGUAGUGUCUUAUUAGGUUAGAUUAUGUCUGAACAGUGUUUCGUCAUAAUUAAUUAGGAGUAAAAGAUUGAAGGGACGUAUAUUUGAAUGAACUCAUCAUGGUGUAAAGUUAAAGUGUGUAUGUGUGUUUUGUAUAAAAACGGUUUUGAAUAUGGAAUUGACUGUGAAUACUCUUGUAUAAUAUAUGUAUUUAGAGUACUCUUAUAUGAUGUUCACCUAUGUAUUGUUAUACAUUUGUAUUUACAAUACUCUUGUAUAAUGUGCACCUAUGUGUUGUUAUACAUUUGUAUUUAGAGUACUCUUGUAUAAUGUGCACAUAUGUGUGAUUAUACAUUGGUAUUUACAGUUCUCAUGUAUAAUGUGCACAUAUGUGUUGUUAUACAUUGGUAUUUACAGUACUCUUGUAUAAUGUGCACAUAUGUGUGAUUAUACAUUGGUAUUUACAGUUCUCAUGUAUAAUGUGCACAUAUGUGUUGUUAUACAUUGGUAUUUACAGUUCUCUUGUAUAAUGUGCACCUAUGUGUUGUUAUACAUUUGAACUGAAGGUACACUUAGAUUAUGUGCACAUAUGUGUUAUACAAUGGUAUUUACAGUGCUAUGUAUGAUACAUAAGAAAAGAGUAUCAACUCACAGGAAUGUAUAUAUUUUAAUUCAGUUGACAAAACUGUAACAAUUAUUUUUUAGUGCUGACUCUGGGUUAAAAUUUUUGAGAGUCUUGAGAAUCUUGUGAUGUGAAAGACAAAUGUCAUUUAAAUAAGAGUAUAAAAGCUAAAUAUUUUUGACUGGAUAUAUUUUAAAACCCUGCAAAAUGGGUGUUGUUAAAUAGAAGGUAUUUAUGGCUAAUUUGAAGAAAUGAUAGUUUGAGUUGCUCAGGAUACUUUUGAGUAAAUGUAAAUAUGUGUAUAAAUCAAAAUAUUUAUGUUAAAUUUAAUUACAGAGAGCAUUAUAUAUGUACUUACAAAAAAGCAAAGUAAAUAAAUAAAAUUAUAAUUGUUACUUGAAUUGGUUGCUGUGUAAUUUGUAAAAUAAACUUUAUUUUACAAGGAAAAAAAAAAAACAAUUCUGUAUCCAUUAACUGAUUUAAUUAAAGAUUUGCUUUUAAAUUUUAUUUAGAGAUUAGCAUUUAAAUUUUAUUUAAUUUUGAAAAUAUUUAAGCUUAAAGGCUGUUAUGAACAUAUCUGUGAUAUUAGACAUUAUUUUACCAUGGCAUUUUUGAAGGGAAAACAUGUAUGACAUCAUCAAUGACAUCACAAAUGACACCAGUGACAUGAUCAAUGACAUCACAAAUUACACCAGUUUUAUCAUCAGUGACAUCAUCAAAUUCCUACAUGUUUGAUUUUUGUUAAAUAUGGAUAUUUGUUAUUGCAACUUGAAGAUGAAAUACUUUUGAUGAUAGUUUGACAUCCAUGAAUGAUUAGUUUUUAUAAAGGAGAUCAUUUUUAAACAGAUUAGGAUUGAAGAAACAAGAGUCCAUAAAGGUAAAUGCAAUGUUUGUAACUGCUUUUCCUUCAGAAUUGUGAUGCCUAUUAAACUGUUUAAAAUUUAAAUUUUUAUUAUUAAUUCUUUUAGAAUAGCUCUUUUAUUUAUUGUACUUUAGAGAAAACUGUGUGUGUAUAAUGAUUAGAUGUAUUAUAAAAAUUAAGGCAGGUAAUAAAUUGCAUGGUUUUUUCCUAUUUUAAGAAAAAAAUAGUAGUUAAAUGCAUUGCUUGUCCACAAAUCUGAAAUAUAUGCUAGAAAAAAUAUAUAAAAUUAUUAAAUAUUAUACUGUAGGGUAAACAUGAAUGUUAAAUCUACAUUUUUGUAGCACGAUAAAGAUACUAAGCUUACUGAAGGUAAUAACUGAAAUUUGUCAAUUGAUAGUUGAUAAUUUCAUUCAUUGGUUAUUUGAAUUAUGUUGGAUUAAAUUUGUAAUUUGUGAAUUUCUGUAGAUUUACAAGUAAGUAUGCUAAAAAUUGGCAUUUCUAAAGAAUUUGCUACUUUUUGUAGAUGCUACUUUUUGUAGAUUUCUUUUACUUUAGAUGACCACAAUUAAGUAAGGUAUAUGAAUUCAUAUGAAAAACAAAAUCAACAAGGAAGGGCGGGGUUCAAUGAAAGCAACCCCCACACGACCCAGCAACACAUUACCACCAGUAUGGAGCCCUGCAAAGCCAUUUGUAAAAACUACUGCAUUUUUUUUAACAUUUAAUCAUUUGUUUUUAUGAUUUUCUUCCUUAGUUUGCUUGUAAGAAGCAUAUUGUACCAAAGUGCAGUAACGGGUCAACGCGUUUACUCCUAGUGAAUUUUUGUAGUAUUUAACCAGUUACUGCACAAAGGGGACAGUAUUUCUUUUUAUUUCAUUAAUUGUUAAAACAAGUAUUUAGAAUACUAAAUAACGAAAACAGAUACAUUAAAAAGUCAUUAAAUUUAAUCAAAUUUAAUUGAAAAUUUAAUUAAAUUUAAUACUUUUCUUGUAUACUUUUUAAUUUGUUAGUGUGAAAGAAAAUCUUGCAGUUUAAUAGCCAUAAAAAUAUUUAUACGCAAAUUAUGUGUGUUUUACAGAAGAUUUUACAUUGUGUUUUUUUUUUCUUUUACUCGAAUUAAGUGUUAAAAGUGUAUAAGUUGUUAAGAAUAGUUAUAUUAAGAGAAUGCCUUUAAAAUUUUAAGGAAAUUCAUAGUUGCUCAAUUGUGUUAGAUAUUUUAAUUGAAAUUUUGUUGUUGUUUUUUUAUUAUGUGAUAAAAUAGAAAUGUGCUUGUAAUAUAAAAAUAUAAAUGGUAAAACUAUAUACAGGUAUAUUAGGCAAUUUUCUGAAGUCUUGCUUUCUGUUAAGGUUAUAUGUGACGUAAGUAGAUUUUUUAUUUUUAGAAAGGAAAGAAACAUUGUGUAAAGUGGUUUAAACUUUCGACAUUUUGUUAAAACCAUUUUUUCUGAAACAUGUACUUUCUGAUACAUAGACUAUGUCAUAUAGAAAUGGUUUCUGUUCUCAACUAUACUAGGAUAUAUUUCUUAAAAUCGCAUUAAUUGUGAAAAAAAUUAUGAUAUCUCUUAAAAUGGCAUAUGUUCUGAAAUGAAGAAAAAUCUGACUUAAAAAUGGUAUUUCUUGCUAUAUUUUCCCCAAAAUUACAAAGAUUGAAUAAUUGAAGUUGAUUAUCUUACAGAAUAUCAUGAACAAAGUGUCACCUAAAUUGCCUCUCUUGUAAAAUAUAUCCAGUGUAUGUUUUAAAUGAAUUUUCCUUAAGAAAUAUAAGACAGUUAAGUAUUUUGAGGUAAAGACAAAGGUACUUAUUUAACAUAUUAAGGUUUUUCGUUUCACUUUGUAUUCAUUGAACUAAUAAAUGUUAUGAAAAUAUA